CACCGUCGUCGUGAUGUUGUGGCCGUUUAUGAUGGCGCGCGUCUGACCCGCGGCGUCCGUCCACUUUGACUUUGCUUUCCCCCAAGUCACCAUCAAAACAACAACCAUGAGCGCCGCCGAGCAAGCAUCCACCGCCCCUCCCCCCGCCGCCGAGGCCGUCCCCGAGGUCGGCGACAAGCGCAAGGCUGAUGCCGAGGUCGACGAGGAGGACGAGGCCAAGAAGGCCAAGACCGACGCCCCCGUCGACAAGGGCAAGGGCAAGUCGACUGCGCCGCCCGAGGACGAGCCCGAGGCCGACGACGACGAGGAUGACGAUGACGAUGACGACGAGCUCAUCGUCCGUGGCUCGCGCAAGCGCAAGACGGUCGACUAUGCCUCGGCUGAGGCGCACGCCGCCGCUGGCCUUGGCGAGGGCGAGGAGGAGGACGAGGAGGAGGAGGACGACGAGGAGUUUGAGGGCGCCGACGACGACGAGGAAGACGCCGGCGAGGACGACGACGCCGAGGAGGCCGCGCCUGCCGACGCCGAGGGUGCCGAGGAGGACGACGACGAGGAGGUCUAA